AUGCAUUUGGACCCGCCCAGAAUUGAGGCCGUCGUGCAUCGACAUUCCCCUCCACCUCCUUCUCCGCCCCCCACCCCUCCCGCCUCACACCUCUCUUUUCGGCGAUAACCACAGCUCUCUCUCCUCUCCAUCCAUACAGCUUCGCCUGCUGUGAGCCGCCUUGUACGCGGGGACGGGGCUCCAUCAUUACUCCUCGCCGGCCGCGCCGCAGACGAAGAGGAGCGUUGAAAGUGGAAGAAAUGGCGAUGGAGUGGUCUGACGGCGCCGAGGAGUUCCUGCUCCCUGACGAGUUCCUCGACGACAACUUCUUCUCGGAGGAGGAGAAGGCCGCAGUGGCCGCGAGCAGCCAGAGCGACGAGGAGUGCAUGGCCGGCCUCUCGUGCCGUCUCGCGGGCCUCCUCGCCGCCGACGGCUUCGCCGCCCCACCUCCAAAGGAGGAUGUGAUGGCACAGUCGCCCAAGUCGACGCUGUGCGGGCUGCCCAAGUCGGGCCAGGAGAGCCCGGACGGUGGCGCGUCUCAGGGGAACUCGCCGCCGUCGUCGCCGCUGGAGCAGCAGCCGACUGACCCGUGGGACCUCCUCUACGAGGCCGCCGGUCAGGUGGAGCGCUUGCAGGUGACCCAUCGCAACCCCUACGGCCUCCAGGACCCCGGCGUCUUCGCGCCGCCAGCGCGCAAUACUUCGCCACCGCCGCCGCCUCCCAUGGCAGGCGCUCCUGUCCCCGCCGGCGCGUACUACCACCCGUUCGCCCACUUCGUCACGCAGCGCCAGAUACUGGCUGCCAGGUUUCAUCUCCUAAAACAGCAGCAGCUCCUUAAACAGCAGAGGGAACAUCAGCUGGCUGCGGCCGCCACAUGGGGCGUGCGCCGUAACGCGGCAGCCAAAAGGGCCGGCUGCGGCGGCGGCGCCGCCGCUUCACUCGACCUGAGCCCCGCGGCGUUCCCUCCGCUGCUAAAGACGCAGCACGCCCCGGCGCCGCAUCCUGGCAUGCGCGCCGUGUUCCUCGCCCCUCCCGGCGCCAAGCGCGAGCGCAACGGCACCGGAGUCUUCCUCCCGCGACCGGCCGGCGCCCCCGCAGAGCCCAAGAAAAAGCCAAGCUGCUCGACGGUUCUUGUCCCCGCCCGCGUCGUGCACGCUCUGAAUCUCAACCUCGACGACCUUGGCGCCCAGCCUCGCUACCCCGGCGGCUUCGUUCUCGAUCAUGACGCCUUGAUUAGUCGGAGUAACGCCAUGCUCGCGAGUCAGAAGGUGCGAGCAGCGGAGCCCGUGCCCUCGCCGCCGCAGGCGCUCUGCCACAGUCCGUGAGCCCUGUCGCCGGCCGGAGCAGUUGAAGGCAGCCACAAAGAUUCAGGCGACGCCCUUCCGUCUGUUUUUGCGUUGAACUAAAUCUUAAUAAUAAAAAUUAGUAGUACUAGUACUUGGUGUUAGGUUGUAGUACUAGCAAUAGAUGUAGGAAGCAGUAGUAGCAUCAGCCUUAGGUGUGUUUAUUUUGGAUUGGUGAUAAAUUGGUUUUUGGGUGCGGACGGAGUGGUGGAGAUGGAUGAACUCGGAAGAAAUUCCAUGUCCAGUAGGAUCAAGGAGUGGUUUGGAAGAAAUAAUAAGUGGUACUUUUGGAGACGUGAGAGGUGCUAGCUGUUUGUAGCAAGGCAAAAUGAGAAGAUAAUGUGAAAUGAUUUCUCAGAUGGGGUAUUAUCUUUGGGGAAGCCAAAAUAGGCGAACCCAUUUCUCCAUGGAUGGGUUUGCCGCUUGCUUUGCCUGCCAGGAAGUACCAGCACACAUCCAGCUAAGGUCUCGCUCUCACUUCCCUACUUUUGCAGCCUUUUACUUGCAAAUGAAGCUUGCCGUGGGCUCCAUGAAUAAGGGUGUUCGUUUCGUUGUGUAAGAAAGAUAGCGUUAUUUAACUAUUUUUGUUGUACUAGCGAGCUAGUACUCCUAGUCGGUAACUUUUGUUUUGGUCUGGCACAAGAAGGUUACUGCUACUGGGAGUGUUAGCAUUUCAUUUGUAGCCUCAAAGUUGGCUCGGUAUAAUAUAUAACUAUUUUAGUCCUUUA